AUGGAGUCUCAGGAGCAACAACAGGUCCCUCAGUGGGCAGCGCUCAUGAUGCAGCGGCUGGAACAGAACCAGCAGGCACAUGACCGUGCAAUGGAACAACAGGCCGAGCGAAUUAGAAAGCUUGAAGGACUAGUAGCACAGAUCAUAGUCAACAACAAAAACAACGGAAUGGAUGGUGGAGAGGAUCGCCACCGAUCCGCGACCGAAACGCCAUCGGAACAGACGAACGAGAUUCAGGAGGAGCCCCAUCGCCUACCGCGACCAAGGCUCCCUGACCCCGCACUAUUCGCAGGCAGCGUUAAGGACUGGCCUACUUGGCGAAUCACGAUAGAAAACAAGCUCGCGAUUGACGGCCCAGCCAUCGGGUCGAGAUCCGCCCAGUUUGUUUACGUAUUCUCACGACUGGAGAAGCUAGCAUGGAAGAAUACCGGAACGUUCGUGAAACACCGCCGGGACACUGCCGGACCAGAAGACCUGAUUGGAUACCUAGAGACCAUUUAUGGUGAUCCGAACGCACAGGCAAGAGCAGCCCGUCGGCUCCACCAGAUCACUCAGGCCGAGGGGACCGCCUUCUCUAAAUUCCUGCCACGGCUAGAGAAGGAGUUCGCCGACGCUGGAGCUCUGGAUUGGCCCGACGAAGCGAAACGACAGAUCUUGCUAGGAUCGUUAAAUAGCACUAUGAGCGGUCCGCUUAUGAAUCGUGGCAUUCCCGCUACCUUUUCGGGACUUGUUAGCCGACUACAUGAGAUUAGCACGGAUAUAGACGCAUUGAACAGCAAUAAGCCGUCCUCACGUCGUACCGCGAAGCUAAACAACAGCGACGAAAUGGACUGGACCCCGACGAUUACAAUCAACCGUACGGAUGCCUAUGAAGAUCGUAGGCGUAUCGGCACCGAGCAGCAGCCGAAACGGGCUCGGUGGGCUAGUGAAGACGAAAUGCACGACCGCCGUCGAGAAGGGAGAUGCCUUCGUUGCGGUAAAACAGGGUGCCGUAUUGCUGAAUGCCCUUACCUGCCGGCUAAAAGGCCGGAGUCGAACCGAGUAGCAGCUAGCUCUGCGAACGAAGAAGGUCGUUUCACCGCCGAAUCGGAGGCGAAACCAAAACGAAAAACACGCGUGAGGAAGUCGAAACCAGUUGCCGAGAGCGAGUCGAGCAACGAUGAAUACGCGACAACCAGUAGUAGCGAGUCGGAAACCGAAUAG